AUGGGAACUAAUUACGCAUUAAUCUCCGCAUAAUCUAUAAUCUACACAACCCACCCCCCUCGCGGAACUUCGCUGCCUGUCGUCACCUCGCCGUCUUCUCCAUCGCGCACUCACACACACACACAAAACCGCAAUCUAUAUCCGCCAACAGGGGCGGUUGCCGUACGCCUUCUGCUGCUCAGGAAUGGAACUAUGAAACCCUAUACACACACAAGGAAUCUUUAGAUAUGCACCGAGGAAGUGUUGGCUGAUUUCUGAGGAACGCCUUUGUUUCCCCUCCUCGGGUAACCCGAUCAUCAUCUGUAACAGCUCCUUAGAUUGACUUGGGAAUUGAAUUCAAUUUGCUGCCUUGGGAAUCAGGAGAUCUAAGUGGAACAGAUGCAAAGGAGGAGAAGUAUUUUGGAUUCAUUUCCUGAGACAAUUGAUCUUAAUCAGGGAUCUGUGUACACUAACGCUUCCAUGGAUCAGUCAAGCCCUUGGGAGAACCUGCUGGAUCCAGUUGAUGGUCGAUUUUCAAACUCGAUGGUUGCUGUUGGCGGCAGAAAUGCUGAUUGUGCACCAAGUUUCAGUGGCUGGGAUCAAGGUGAGUCUAGUUCCACUGCAAAUUCAAAUGAUCGUGUUUUUGGCAGUGAUUUGAAUAUAGGGCAUGGUUGGUCAUCUUCAUCAACCAAUUAUGCUGUAGCUAAUGAGCCUGAUCCAAGGUUAGAAGAAAGGGGAUUUGAGCCUUCUAACAAUUUCAUUCAUGAACGAGGUGGCAGUCAAUAUGCUGGCAAUCUAAUUGGUAGGUCCAGUAUGCCUCCCUUUAGUUCUAAUCAUAGCCCUGGAAAUGCUAAUAUGAGUGGCUCAUACCACUAUGAUGAUGAUCAUCUGGCCACAAGAAGAAGUCUGCCUCCAAAUCUUUGCAAGUCAGGGGGAUCUGAAACAGAGCUUAUUCCAGCUUUUGGUGUUUCUUCUAACAAUUUAGGAACUUCACACCAUUCUGAUUAUUUUAUGGGAAAUAAUGAUGCUUCAGAUUCUUCUUUGGGUAUGUGGGGCUUGUCUUGCAAGCGAAAAGGCCUGGAAGGUAAACCUGGACAGUCAUGUGCAGGUGGAAGUUCAAGCUCCAAUCCACGAGCUGAUGACAUAGUACAUCAUAGUGUUCCUGCUUUUUAUGCUUCUAGCAGCUCUAAUUUAUCUUCAUCCUCCAAUGCUGGUAUCUUGGAUCAAGUUAAUUCAAGAAAUGGGCUUGGUACAAGAGUGGAAGCUGUUGAUAUGCUCCCACCUUUAAGUGUUGAUAUUGGCGUUACAGAUAGCUCUACAAGGAACUUUGGCAUUAGGGAUAAUAUAGGGAAUCAGCAAUCAGUUGCAUUUGGCUUACAGCCUGGAGGGUCUUCUAUGGGGUAUUCUAAUGUUAGCUCAGGUCAUGUGCCACCAAGACCUUUCUCAAUUAGUUAUAGGGAAUCAAGACAUCAUCGAUCUCCACCAGUUGAUUCUAAUCCUCCAAAUCAGUCAGAGUCAACAUAUGCUCCUCGCUUUUCAAGGGGUAUACAUUCAGUUCCAUGGAGUGGUUCUCAAGAUGCACAAGGUGGCAGUUCUUCAAGUCCAAAUAUGCUUUGUGGAGAAAGAAGUUUUGGACUGUGGGGUGAAUCUAGCUUCAGAAGAUCCCUUAGAAACAGUGGAGAGCAUCAAAUAUUUUACUCUGCUACUGAGGCAAGAAAUUUGGUACAGGAUGGUGCUAACUGGAACUUAGCCACUUCGUGUCCAUCUCAAGACAUUCCUUCUAGUUCUGCAACUUGCCCUGGUUCUAGUCAACAGGCAUAUCCUACAAGACGGGCGGUUAAUCAGAAUCCGACAAUUCGCAGCCACCAAAGGUUGUCAGAGUCUUCACCUUGGGCUCUUUUUACACCUUCAGAAUAUGAGCAACGAAGCCACAGAGGUCAUCUUUCACAACUGCCUUCAGGCACUACAUCCUCAGAGGAGCCAGUGAUGUCAUCCCUAUCUAGUAGCAGGGGUAAUCGUCGACCAUAUCUUCAGUCAACUGUGAGGGCAGUUGAGGCCCCAGGUGAUGAUCACGGCAGUUGGCGUGCUUUAGCUGCUGAUAUUGAAGGGAGACACAGAAUGGUAUCUGAGAUUCGUCAAGUACUUAAUGCUAUGCAAAGGGAGAACAUGCGAGCUGAGGAUUAUGCAAUGUUUGAUCCGUUUAUUAAUGGGGUUGCCGAGUUUCAUGAUAGGCAUAGAGAUAUGAGGCUUGAUGUUGACAGCAUGUCUUAUGAGGAACUGUUGGCAUUGGAAGAACGCAUAGGGAAUGUGAACACCGGGUUGAGUGAGGAAACCAUUUUGGGAUCUAUGAAACAGCAUAAAUAUGAAUGCUUACUUGGCCGAAGAUUGUCAUCAAAUGUGGAGCCAUGCUGUAUAUGCCAGGAGGAGUAUGUAGCUGGAGAAGACGUUGGCACAUUGCAGUGUGGGCAUCUGUUCCAUACUAAUUGCAUAAAGAAAUGGUUAAUACUGAAGAAUCUGUGUCCCAUCUGCAAGAUAACAGCAUUGGAAACGUGAAACAAGAACUCUUUGAGCGCCUCCCCCACCCCCCAUAAAACAAAACAAGAAACAAAAACAGAAAAACAAAAACAAAAACCAAAAACAAAACAAAAAACCAAAAACAAAAACAAAAGAGAAUGCUUUGUUAUGCUAUGUGAAGCCUGUGCCCCUGGUUCUGAUGACUAGAUUGUUUAUAACUUUUGGGUGAACUGUUUUUGGUUAUAUUCAGGAUUGCUUGAAUAAUGCUAUAUGUAAGAUUGUUUAUCAACAACUCUUGGGUUUGAUAUUGGUUUACUGUGAAUCCUUUUCUUUAGGCUCUGUGAAUUCAUUGGCUUUCCUCAGUA